AUGCAGUCAUUUGUUUCACGAAGUGUUGUACAAUUAAAUACAGAAAUUAAAGAGACUGAAGCUCAAUCAAAAUUUUUCAAUGAACGUGUUUCUCAAAUCGAAACAUACUUUGGAGAUCUCUGUACUGAAUUCAUUAGUUAUGCGAAGAGAACAGCGAAGCUCAGAAAUAAUGGAGAUGAAUUGUCUAAAAUUCUACUCAACUACUCAGUUAAUGAGAAAAUAAAUCGUACAACUGCACGAACUCUGAAGCAAUUCGCUGAGCUCCUUUCACUACUUGAAGAUUACAGACACGCUGAAGUUGAUCGACUUUUAGCUAAAGUCAUCACUCCUUUAUCCACUUAUGGCGAUGAGGUCAAGCACAUAAAAACGAAUAUUAAAGUGGAGACUGCUGCACGCAAGAAAGAAGUCUCCCAGCUGAAACGCCUUAGUCGGGAUCCACACAAAAGAUCGGAUGAUCGUAUUAAUAAUGCAGCUCGUGAUGCGAUUCGUUCUGCAGAGGCAUUGGAGAACCACGUAGUUCAAUUUGAGGCAAAGAAGUUGAAAGGUUUAAAAGAAAUCCUGACGGAUUUUGUGCAUAUUGAGAUGCUUUGGCAUGCUAAAGCCCUUGAGACACUUACAAACGCCUUCAAUGUUGUUCAAUCCCUGCAGGAAGAUGUGGAUUUAGCCGACUUUCGAAAUACUUUAUUCCGCUCUGGUCUCUCAGGCAGCUUGAAUACCAGUAUUCGACAAGCCGUGAGUGUUCCCAUCUUAAAUACUUCAUCAACUCAUCCCGUUGAUCAACGGGAAAAUUUAGUGAGUCCAUUUAAGUAG